AUGACUAAACCUGAUCGUUUAACUAUUCAUAGAUCAAGAUUUGUAGAUUUUACACCUGCAAAUAUCACAGCAUUGUCUUUUUCCCACAAAUCUAAUAAUGAUAAAUUAACACCCUCAGAUCUUCGUUUAGCUAUUGGUAAAUCUAACGGUAACAUUGAAAUUUGGAAUCCAAGAAAUAAUUGGUUCAAUGAAAUGGUCAUUCAAGGGGGUAAAGAUCGUUCUAUUGAGGGUCUAUGUUGGGCAAAUAUUCCUGGUGAACCCUUGAGAUUGUUUUCUAUUGGUGGUUCAACUGCUGUUACUGAAUGGGACUUGGCUACUGGCUUACCUCUAAAAAAUUUCGAUUGUAAUGCCGGUGUUAUUUGGUCCUUAGCAAUCAAUGAAUCACAGACUAAAUUAAGUGUUGGGUGUGAUAAUGGUGCUAUUGUGAUUAUUGAUAUUGUUGGUGGUAAAGGUUGUCUGGUACAUGACUCAAUUUUAGUUAGACAAGAUGCACGUAUACUGGCAUUAACUUGGAAUAAAGACGAUUUUGUUAUUGGUGGUUGUUCGGAUGGUAAAAUUAAAAUCUGGUGUACCCAAGAAAAAAAUAAGAAUAAAGGAAGGCUAAUAAAUACCAUGAAAGUGGAUAAAUCUAAGAAGAAGGAACCGGCCUUAGUCUGGUCAGUAUUAUAUAUACCUCAAACUAAUGAAAUUGUGUCUGGUGAUUCGACUGGUUGUAUAAAAUUUUGGGAUUUCCAUUAUUCUACUUUGUAUCAAUCUUUUAAUUCUCAUGAAGCUGAUGUAUUAUGCUUAACAACUGAUGUAACCGGUAGUCAUGUGUUCAGUGCUGGUAUUGAUAGAAAAAUAUAUCAAUUCAGCAGAAAUAUCAAAAGAACUAAUGAGGAAGGCAUGAAAUGGUCCGUGACAUGUAACAGAUUGUUUCAUGGUAAUGACGUCAGAGCUAUGGCUUCUUAUCAAUCAAAAGGUGCUGAUUUAUUAGUGUCUGGGGGUAUUGAAAAAUCUUUAGUUAUUGCUCCUUUAUCAAAUUUUUCUGAUGGUAAUUAUCAAAAAAUGCCAAUAGUAGUUCCAUUUAUGAAAAAUGUUCUAAUUAAUAGACAACAAAGAUUGAUAGUUAUGUGGCAAGAUUCAUUAAUCAAGAUAUGGAUGAUUGGUGAUGAUUUGGAUUCUCCAAAAAAUUAUAAAUUGGUAUGUAAGAUGGUUUUAAAUGAUGACCAGCAUAUCACUACCUGUUGUAUGUCUCCUGAUGGUCAAGUUUUACUUGUAGGCAGAUUAAAUACAACUAAGAUAUUUCAUUUACAACCACUAAAGGAUAAAUUGAAAGUAACAAAGUUAGAGAAUGAGAUUUUAUUGAAAACAGGGAUUAAGUUAGCCAACUUCAUUGAUAAUUCCAGAGUACUAUUUUGUUCUGUUGAUGAUGAACUAUUUACUAUGGAUUUAGAGGCCGAAAACGAUGAGGAAACCACUGAAAUUGAACUAGAAGAUGUUCCGGAAACUAUGAGUAGCAUCAAAGUUCCUUUUAUGAACAAAAUUAACCACAUGGAUACAUUUGGUGAUUAUGCUGUUGUUUCCCGUAGAUGUGGGGCAAUUGAUUUGAUCGAUUUGAAAACCAACGAAUCUAAAACAAUUUUACGUAUCAUGAGCUAUAAUACCGCUCUAGCUUUCAACAGAUCCAGAAAUACUAUUAUUUGUGUCACUGCUGAAAAUAAAGUUUAUGAAUUAAAUAUUCCUAAAGAAAAGGGAGAUAGCUCUACAUUAACAGAUUGGUCUAAGACUAAUACUGAAAACUUACCAGGACAGAUCAAAAAUCUAGGUGAAAAAUGCUUAGGUGUAUUCACUGGCGAAACAAAUGACAACAAAAUUUGGUUGUGGGGUGCCACCUGGUUAUGUAGAAUGGAUUUAUCAAAAGAUUUUCCAGUUAGGAAAAGAAGAAAAACAAACAAGCAUACUCGUGAUGGGCUUACAAUUACAGAUGAAAGUAAUUAUAUUAAUAACGCUGCUGAUGAAGACGAGGAUGAAGAGAUGGACAUUGCGGAAUCAUUAUCUAUUAAUAUAAAUGAUGAUACCAAAGUAAAAACAGAUAACACAAAUAGGGCAAAAUCUGAUGAAGAUAUCUUCUACUUUACUGAUAAAUAUAAGCCUCUCCUUUUUACUGAUUUGCUCUCUGACAAUGAACUAGUUGUCGUUGAGAGACCUCCAAUUAUGGCAAGUGGGAAAGACGCUGGUUUUGCUCUUCCAAAGUUCAUAUUCUGA